GUGAUGAAAUUAUUGACCAUCUUGUCAUUUUCAAACAAUGACUAUAAUAAUUACUUUAUCUUACAGAGAGAAGGGUAUUUAGUAUAAAAAAAAGAACACUACUAAAUAAAUGAAAUAAUAAUAUUCAGAUGAAAACUCCCUCUCAACGGCUACCUUUCAUUGCUAAGAAAUCUGUAAAAGAAACUAGAAUUUGGGGGGUGAGGUUACAGCUUCUACUUCCUUGUCAAAGACAUACCAACUUUCCUUUCUAUUGCUUUUUCUUUUUCUUCAAGUACAUUUCAAGCUCUUCAACCCCAUAUCUCAUCCCAUAUCUUUAAAAUUCUAUAGUUGUUGAAGAGGUAGUAGUUGAGUAAAUUCUUCUAAUCAAACCUUCACUUAUUCUAUACGUACCCUUUUGAGAAUAGUGUAUUUUCUUAUCAGAUCAAAUUCUCAUACACCUAAAAGUAAAAUACUAGUUUAUCAUUCUUUUCUCUUUUUUCUUUAGUUUUUGGCUUGAGCAAGACCUUUUAACUCGAACGUGUAAUAAAGUUAAAAUGGUUUUCUCUGAAGGGUGUCAUGCAGCUAACUUUCUCUAUCCAAGAGUCUAUUUCAUAUGAUCAUAAGAUCUGUUAUUUCAUUUAUUAAAAACAACAUAGGAUUAGUAUUCUCAUCUCAUUGGAGGGAAACCCAUUAUGCCUUUCGGUUUGGUUUCGGCCUGGAACAAGCGCCGGAGAAGCAAAUCCCAUGAUCAUUCAGACCCUUGGGUUUAUAAACCCGCGGAGCAUUGGCAGAUUGAAGAACAAACGCCACGAGCCACCAAACGACACCAUGGAUCAUCAGUUUUCACAUUGAGAGAGAUGGAAGUGGCAACAGGUUCAUUCAGGGAGGAAAAUUUUCUUGGAAAAGGGGGUUUCGGCCGAGUAUACCGAGGCACUUUGCCAUCAGGAGAGGUUGUAGCAAUCAAGAAAAUGGAGCUAGCACCAUUUAAAGAAGCCGAGGGAGAACUGGAAUUUCGUGUAGAAGUCGAUAUACUGAGCAGACUUGAUCACCCAAAUCUGGUUACUUUGGUGGGCUACUGUGCAGAUGGGAAGGACCGGUUUCUUGUAUAUGAAUAUAUGAAAAAUGGGAAUCUGCAAGAUCACUUGAAUGGAAUAGGGGAAGCUAAAAUGGAUUGGCCUAAAAGGCUAAGAGUGGCAAUUGGAGCAGCAAAGGGAUUAGCUUAUCUCCAUUCAAGUACAGCUAUUGGAAUGCCAAUUGUACAUAGAGAUUUCAAAUCCACCAACAUUCUUUUGGAUACCAAUUUUGAAGCAAAGAUUUCUGAUUUUGGUCUUGCCAAGUUUAUGCCAGAGGGCCAAGAAAUCUAUGUCACAGCUAGGGUGCUUGGUACAUUUGGCUAUUUCGAUCCCGAAUAUACAUCGACAGGGAAGCUCACUUUACAAAGUGAUGUUUAUGCAUUUGGUGUGGUUCUUCUGGAGUUAUUGACUGGACGUCGGGCUGUGGAUCUGAACCUGGGACCGAACGACCAAAACCUUGUUCUACAGGUAAGGCAUAUAUUGAAUGAUAGAAAGAAACUGAGGAAGGUAAUAGAUCCAGAGCUGAGUCGAAGUUCAUACACCAUGGAGUCUAUAGCAAUGUUUGCGAAUCUGGCAUCGAGAUGUGUUCGUGUUGAAAGCAGUGAAAGACCCUCCAUGGAAGAAUGUGUAAAAGAACUCCAGCUGAUAAUCUAUACAAAUUCAAAAGGCUUGGGUGGGGUUACGUAUACUUUUAGAAAGCUCUAUUGAGCUUAACUGUAAUAAUACCGAGUUAAACUGUUUAUAUCAUAAUAAUAAUAUGCUCGAUCAUUUCAUUGAUACCGAUUACUUGUUGGAGGCUCAUCCCAAGUAUUUUAAGAUUAUGACACAGAAUUUGGUGAGGUUCAUAGAUAAUGCAAUUGAGUAAUUGUAACUAGAUACAAUAGGCUAUGGGAAUGGGGAUUGUAGUUAUAGGUGUUUCUGAAUUAAGUUUGAAAAUUCUGCAAUGUGAGGGGGAAUGGUUUGUAUUUCUAGUGCCGUGAAUAUCAUAUGUUUAAAUGGUAAAAAUCGAUUAUUUUGUAUGUAAAAAGAAGAAAAA